AUGUCCUACGGGAAGAGCGACAGUUACCGCUCGCAGCCGCGAGAUUUCAGCAACCUAAUCCAAACAUGCAGCUCCAACAUUCAGAAAAUCACACAGAACACUGGCCAAAUUAAAACCAUGCUAUAUCAGCUUGGGCACCGACCAGAUACCCCUGAGCUUCAAGACAGGCUUCAGCAGGUACAGCAUUACACUAAUCAGUUGGCCAAAGAGACAAACAGACACCUAAAGGAUCUUGGCUCUCUGCCUCCGCCCCUGUCUCCCUCUGAGCUGCGCCAGCAGAAGAUUCAGAAAGACCGCUUGAUGAAUGACUUUUCAGCUGCACUUAACAACUUCCAGGUGGUGCAGCGGCGUGCAGCAGAGAGAGAAAGAGAGUCGGUGGCCAGGGCUAAGGCUGGCUCACGCCUUGUGGGAGAUGAAGGCGGUCGAGAUGAGCAGCUCGUGUCAUUUGAAAACAAUGAUGACUGGUGUCAAAGCCAGACACAGACAGAGGAGCAGCCCAUCACUGAGAAAGACCUGGAGAUCAUUAAAGAGAGAGAGACAAACAUCCAGCAACUCGAGGCAGAUAUAAUGGAUGUUAACCAAAUCUUCAAAGACUUGGCAGUAAUGAUUCACGACCAGGGUGAAAUGAUAGAUAGCAUAGAAGCUAAUGUGGAAAGUGCAGAGUUGCAUGUGGAGCGAGGAGCUGAACAGCUACAAAGGGCUGCACAUUAUCAGAGGAAAUCCCGCAAGAGGAUGUGCAUCUUGGCCCUUGUUCUGACCCUGGUGUUGACUGUCUUUGCCAUAAUUAUUUGGCAAGCUAUCAAAUGA